AUGUCAACUUUGCAGAACAGCACAACGUCUCCCAUCAUUUUCCUGCUCACUGGUGUGCCUGGCAUGGAAGCCUUCCACACCUGGAUCUCCAUCCCAUUUUGCUUUCUCUAUGCAACUGCCCUCUCAGGGAACAGCCUGAUUCUCUUCGCCAUUGUCACUCAGCCCAGCCUCCACGAGCCCAUGUAUUAUUUCCUGUCUAUGCUGUCCACCACUGACCUCGGGCUGUCCAUAUCCACCCUGGCCACCAUGAUGGGGAUAUUCUGGUUCAAUGCCAGAGAGAUCAGCUUCAAUGCCUGCUUGUCACAGAUGUUCUUCAUUAAACUCUUCACUGUCAUGGAAUCCUCAGUGCUGUUGGCUAUGGCUUUUGAUCGUUAUGUGGCCAUCUCCAACCCUCUUAGAUAUGCUACUAUUUUAACUGAUUCCAGAAUAGCUCAAAUUGGAGUGGCAAUUGUCAUCAGAGGGACUGUAAUACUGACACCAAUGGUUGCGCUUCUUAAGAGAUUGUCCUACUGCAGCAGCCAUGUGCUCCACCACUCCUACUGCUUCCACCCCGAUGUCAUGAAGCUCUCAUGCACAGACACCAGGAUCAACAGUGCCGUUGGGCUCACUGCCCUGAUCUCCACUGCUGGAGUGGACUCUGUCCUCAUCCUCCUUUCCUAUGUACUGAUCAUUAGGACUGUCCUCAGCAUUGCUUCCCCGGAAGAGAGGAAGAAAGCCUUCAGCACGUGUAUCUCCCACCUCGGGGCUGUGGCUGUGUUCUACUUUCCACUCAUCAGUCUGUCCUUUGUCCACAGAUUUGGGAAACGAGCUCCUCCCUAUGUCCAUACUCUGAUUGCCAAUGCCUACCUGCUGAUCCCUCCUGUCAUGAACCCCAUCAUCUACAGUGUGAAGACCAAGCAGAUACGCAAGGCUGUGCGGAAAGUUCUCCGUUCCGGCAUGGCAAAGAGCUAG